AUGGCGUCUAUUGAAAUCUCUCCUGAGGAUCGACAGCACAUCGACUACCUCGCAGACCUUUUCGCCGUCAUUAUCGCUAUCGAGCAGAUCGAGAAGGCCAAUCGGCGCGACCUCAUUGACCAAGACCAGUACAGCUCCACAGUUCGUCGGCUUCUAGAGAAGUACAAAAAUACCGUUGCGCACCUGCAGAGCGCUCGCAACCCGUACUUCACGACGAUCGAUGAUUUCUUCGAAAAAUACUGCACGCGCUGCCCGGCGGCGCAGACGACGAUCCGGGACGGUCCGAUUAGCAGCCCGAAUGAAAACAACGCCCGCUUUCUCGCGCGCCAGUCGGUGGAGUGCAGCGACCACUUCAUCACCUUGCUAGACUCGCUGCGCCUCCAGCAGACCUCCGUCGACGUCCUCAAUCCACCUCUCGGCGACCUUCUGCAAGUGCUGAGGAAGCUGGGCCUGAGCAAGGAGGAUUUCUGUGUACGCUUGCAGAAUUGGCAGCGGCGUCUGGACAGCAUGAACGCCGCGGACAUGCUGGAUGAGUCUUCGACACGUGACUUUGCCUACGACCUAGAGCGCGGGUAUGCCUGCUUGAAGGCGUUCUUGGAGAGUGAUCCGACGCUGUCCACGCGAAGGUAG